GAAGUCCGCUCUGCAGCCUCCGCAUUCAAGCCUCUGUUGGCGGCCACGAGAGCAAAAAGCCGUGAGGCAGCGGGCUAAGACUGGCAAGCCCCGUACUGGGAGUGCAAACCUGUGGCUAUUGGGGGCCAGGAAGGAUCUGUGGGGGUCGCAGGCGGAGGAGACGCUUUAGCGAGGCAGGGACUUGGCUGAGAGUAUCCAGUGGGGAUGAGGGAGUGACCUCCGAAGAGCGACGCGACUAACCAAUCAGAGGGAGGGAUGACACAAGGAGCUAAUGGACAGGCAAGGGUGGGGCCUGUAGGAUAAGAGGGCUUGAAAGGGAUUAAGGAUGUGGGAUUUGGUCCUAGGAGACCGAAGGAUAAAUUCCUGCGCCUGGUGGCCCCCAUGUGGAAUGGGACCAGGGGCAUCCAUCGCCUGGGUGGGGCAGUGGUCCCAGAGGGCAAUCAGAAGAAGGAAAGGAAGAUGCUCCAGUUCCUCAACAACCAUUUCUACGAUGUGGAGGCUCUGAGGGGUUACUUGCUCCAAAGGGAGAUGUCCAAGGUGCAUCUGAAAAAUCGGUUUCGAGACAAGGAGUGGAUCAGGCCAGAUAAGUAUGGCCAUUUCUCUCCAGAGUUCUGGAAUUUCCGGGAAGUGCCUGUCGAAGCUGUGGAUGCCAGUGACUGUGAAAUCAACUACGAGGGCCUGGACAACCUCCUCCUCCUGAAGGAGCUCCAGUCCUUGUCGCUGCAGCGCUGCCCCCACGUGGACGACUGGUGUCUCAGCCGCCUCUACCCACUGGCCGACUCGUUGCAGGAGCUCUCGCUGGCCGGUUGUCCCCGCGUCUCCGAACGGGGCCUUGCCUGCCUCCACCACCUCCAGAACCUCCGCAGGCUGGACAUCUCGGACCUCCCUGCCGUGUCCAACCCAGGCCUCACUCAGAUCUUAGUGGAGGAGAUGCUGCCCAAUUGCCAGGUUGUGGGGGUCGACUGGGCCGAGGGCCUGAAGUUGGGGCCGGAGGAGCAGCCUCAGGACACAGCCAGCCCUGUCCCUGCCUAGCCUUCAGCCCUGUCCCCACUCGAGUGGCUUCUCAGCGGGCUGCAUGGAAUGUCUGGUAGCUCGCCACACUUCUGGCUUCCAUUUGUCUUCACUCAACAUGGGGGUGGGGGAAUGGUGCUGGCCAAUCACAGGGAGAGAGCAUGAAGUCCCAGUAUUUAUUCCUGGCUGCCCUUGGCUAAAGGUCACAGCUCCUGUCACCCUCAGACAGCCCUUUCCAUGCCCCUCUUCAGGCCUGGGGAGGUAAAGUCUCAGGCUGUCAGUAGCUGCAGAGAGCCACACUCACCUUGUCAAGAGACUCUUCUCAAACUGUCCUUAUGUGAGUGCACUGCCAUUUCUUGCAGGGCCCCUGACUGACACAGGAGCUGCUACUGACACUUUACAGGGAUGGUUCUCCCCCGUACAGGGCCUCUCUGCUCACUACAGGACGUGCAGCAUCCUUUGCCCCACUCACUAAAGGCCAGCACACCCCAGGCCCCAUGGUAUUGCUGGUUAUGGAUUUAUUGACUUUAUAUUCCAAAUUCAGCUUUUUUGGUCUGUGUUUCUGUAGAAAGGGGAUAAGCUUUGUCAGUAGAGGGCACCAAACAGGCAUUACAGGAGGAAAGGCGCCUCCUUCCUGGUUCCUGUUGGUUGUGCUUCCGCCUCUGGACCCCGCGGUGCGUGUGGCUUCCCCAGCACCCAGCUCCUGAAGCACCAGGUGGUCAGCAGCUGCCCUUGGCACCCUCCAGCCCCCAGAAGUUGCGUAGGAGACACAGCACCUCCACUGAGGCACCUCUCUGGGAAUAACAUUCCCCAGCACCCCAGAUGGAUUUCCAGUCAAUUCAGAAGCAUUUCACCAGUGAAGCCCUCAUUCCAGUUCACUGUUAAAGCCAGUAAUUCUCUAUAUUAAACUUUCCCUGUUCAAGUUA